UAUAAUUUCUAUAUAACUAUCAACAAACUUAAAAAGUUUUCCUUUACAUAAUUAAUAUAAUUGAUUGUUUUAUAUUAGUUUAAAGUCAAGAAGGACAACAUUUUCUUUUAUUUAGUUUAUACAUUAUAACGAUUACAAGGAACAUUUGUGUAACCAGUGCAUUAAUAGACUUCUCAGUGUCUGAUCUAUGCAAAGUCUUCCUGUUGUUUUUAGUCCAUUUUGACUUAAUGAAAAAUGGGAAUAACGCUUUCAAAUCUAUUUUUAAAGUUAUUUGAAAGAAAAAAUAUGAAAUUACUUAUGUUGGGCUUAGAUGCAGCUGGAAAAUCAACUAUUUUGUACAAUUUAAAAUUGGGUGAAGUUGUUAGUACCACACCCACAGUAGGAUUUAAUGUUGAAACACUUGAUUACAAUAAUGUAGCUUUCACUGUUUGGGAUAUUGGAGGACAAGAAAAAAUACGCCACUUAUGGAGAUUUUAUUUUGACAAUGUUGAAGGAAUAAUAUUUGUGGUUGACUGCAAUGAUUUAGAUAGAUUGCCAGAUGUUGCUAAAGAGCUGAAGACUGUAUUAGAAGAGCCACAGCUUCAACAUGCUGUACUGUUAGUAUUCGCGAAUAAACAAGACCUGCCAAAUGCGGUGACAUCACAUGAGCUCAUUAUCAAGUUGGGAUUGAACAAUGUUACCAAUAGAAUUUGGCAUGUUCAACCCUCCAUUGCGUCUAAAUGUCAUGGAUUGUAUGAAGGGUUUGAGUGGCUCUCUAACCAAUUGGCUAAAUUAUAAAAUAAGUGCAGUCAUUUACAGGAUAAUAAUAGAAGAAUAUCAAGACAAUUGAUUACAUACAUAUAAUACAUGUUAUAGUAAUACAAAUUAAAUUUACCUAUGAUUUAAAAGUUAUUGUAAUUACUUUUCUAGAUUUCAAUAUUAUCCAUCAUCUUUGUUCUAUACUGUUUGUUUGGUUUGUUCCCUAUGGUGUAAUAAAUCGUGUUUUCUUUUUCUAACAAUUUA